UUCGCUGGAGAGAUCACAAAACAUUUCUCUUUGAUAUUUUCAUUUACAAACAAUUUUUUUUUUCUUGAAUUAUUUGCUCUGUUCGUGACUAUGAUGUCUAAAAACGUUCUAGUAACCGGUGGUGCUGGAUACAUCGGUAGUCACACGGUGCUUCAACUUCUUCUCGGUGGUUACUCCGUCGUAGUUGUUGAUAAUCUUGAUAAUUCCUCCGCCGUCUCUCUUGAACGUGUGAAGAAACUCGCCGCCGAACACGGCGAACGCCUCUCCUUCCACCAGGUGGAUCUUCGAGACAAGCCAGCUCUUGAGAAGAUAUUCUUAGAAACUAAGUUUGAUGCAGUGAUACAUUUUGCUGGACUUAAAGCAGUUGGUGAGAGUGUAGAGAAGCCUUUGCUCUAUUAUAAUAAUAAUCUUGUUGGGACUAUUACUCUUUUGGAAGUUAUGGCUCAACAUGGCUGCAAAAAUCUUGUGUUUUCAUCAUCAGCAACUGUGUAUGGCUCUCCAAAGGAAGUUCCUUGUACAGAGGAGUUUCCGAUUUCGGCAUUGAAUCCAUAUGGACGAACAAAGCUAUUCAUUGAGGAAAUCUGCCGUGAUGUAUACGGUUCUGACCCGGAAUGGAAGAUCAUAUUGCUUAGGUAUUUUAAUCCUGUUGGUGCACAUCCUAGUGGGGAAAUUGGUGAAGAUCCUCGCGGUGUUCCAAACAAUCUUAUGCCUUUUGUCCAACAAGUCGCUGUUGGUAGGAGACCUCAUCUCACCGUCUAUGGAAAUGAUUACAAUACAAAAGAUGGAACAGGGGUUCGAGAUUAUAUUCAUGUUAUUGAUUUAGCUGAUGGACACAUAGCGGCUUUGCGUAAGCUAGAAGAUUGCAAAAUCGGUUGUGAAGUGUACAAUCUCGGAACAGGAAAUGGAACAUCGGUUCUUGAAAUGGUUGAUGCCUUUGAAAAAGCGUCCGGGAAGAAAAUCCCUCUGGUGAUCGCCGGACGUCGCCCGGGAGAUGCUGAAGUUGUUUACGCCUCAACGGAAAGAGCAGAAAGUGAAUUGAAUUGGAAGGCCAAAUAUGGAAUUGAGGAGAUGUGUAGAGAUUUGUGGAACUGGGCCAGUAAUAAUCCUUAUGGAUAUGAUUCUUCUUCUGAAGACUCCUCUCAUUAACUUUCAUAAUUGUUUUCUUCUUUUGCUAAAACAUAUUUCUCCACACUAAAUUAUUAUAAUUAAU